AAUGUUAUGGCAUAUGGGCGUCAGGCAGAAUUCUCAUGUUAAAUUUGUGAGUUGAUGUUUGAUGAGUGAACCCGAUUUUAGUUUGUGAACCAAACUAAGUUUAUUUUGUUUGGUUUGAAAGUUAUAUCAUUUGGCACCAUGAAUGCUCAACAAGCACAUAAGGAACAUGUGUUGGCAGUGUCGAGGGAUUUUAUUUCACAGCCACGUCUUACAUAUAAAACUGUUUCUGGUGUAAAUGGACCUUUGGUUAUUUUGGAUGAAGUAAAGUUUCCAAAGUAUGCAGAAAUCGUACAAUUGCGACUUCAUGAUGGUACAUUGAGAUCGGGUCAAGUACUUGAGGUUUCCGGCUCUAAAGCAGUUGUUCAGGUAUUUGAAGGAACUUCUGGUAUUGAUGCUAAGCAUACAUUAUGUGAAUUUACUGGAGACAUUUUACGAACUCCUGUGUCUGAAGACAUGCUAGGACGAGUUUUUAAUGGUAGUGGUAAACCAAUUGACAAGGGACCGCCGAUUUUAGCUGAAGAUUACUUAGAUAUCCAAGGCCAACCGAUUAAUCCAUACUCAAGAACCUAUCCUCAAGAAAUGAUCCAAACUGGUAUUUCUGCCAUUGACAUUAUGAACUCCAUUGCACGAGGACAGAAGAUCCCUAUUUUUUCAGCUGCUGGAUUACCACAUAAUGAGAUUGCUGCUCAAAUUUGUAGACAAGCUGGUCUUGUAAAACAGCCCGGUAAAUCUGUCUUAGAUGAUCAUGAAGACAAUUUUGCUAUCGUUUUUGCUGCUAUGGGUGUAAAUAUGGAAACUGCAAGAUUUUUCAAACAAGAUUUUGAGGAAAAUGGUUCUAUGGAGAAUGUUUGUUUGUUCUUGAAUCUGGCCAAUGAUCCUACUAUUGAACGUAUUAUUACGCCAAGAUUAGCUUUAACAGCUGCUGAAUUUUUGGCUUACCAAUGUGAAAAACACGUGUUAGUUAUAUUAACUGACAUGAGCUCAUAUGCUGAAGCUCUUCGUGAAGUAUCUGCUGCACGUGAAGAAGUACCCGGACGACGUGGUUUCCCAGGUUACAUGUACACAGAUUUGGCUACCAUUUACGAACGUGCUGGGCGAGUAGAAGGCAGAAAUGGUUCUAUAACACAAAUACCCAUUUUGACUAUGCCUAACGAUGAUAUUACUCAUCCAAUUCCUGAUUUGACUGGAUAUAUUACUGAAGGUCAAAUUUACGUUGACCGUCAGUUGCACAAUCGUCAAAUUUAUCCACCAAUCAAUGUUUUACCAUCACUUAGUCGGUUGAUGAAAUCUGCUAUUGGAGAAGGCAUGACCCGUAAAGAUCAUUCCGAUGUAUCUAAUCAGCUGUAUGCUUGCUAUGCUAUUGGUAAAGAUGUUCAGGCCAUGAAAGCUGUUGUUGGUGAAGAAGCGUUGACACCUGACGAUCUUUUAUAUCUGGAGUUUUUGACUAAGUUCGAGAAAAAUUUCAUUACUCAAGGCAACUAUGAAAAUCGUACAGUAUUUGAAUCUUUGGACAUCGGUUGGCAGUUACUGCGUAUCUUCCCAAAAGAAAUGUUGAAGAGAGUCCCAGCUUCAACAUUAGCAGAAUUUUAUCCAAGAGAUUCUCGUCCAAAAUAAAAUUGUUCAAAUGAAUAUUCUUACCAUUGAUUAUCAAAAAUCGUCUAUAUUCAUUCUUCAUUGGUUCACAUGUACAUUCCAUUAUAAACUUAAAGUUUAAAAUCCGUAUUUUUUGUAAGCUUAAAAAAAAUGUAGAAUAAAAUUAUUGUGUUUCCAUCA